AUGUCGACUGAAGGCGGUGGAGGAGGAGGCGGAAGAAGAGGGGAUGGGAAUCACAAUGGCAACUCAUCAUCCGCUUUCCUCACCUUCUCCCAAACCCUAGAUCACCACCACCACCACCACCGCGGCGGAUCCAACAACUCCGCCGCCAAAGGCAACUCGGCGGCCGCGCCGCCGUCGGUGGUGAGGUACCGGGAGUGUCUCCGCAACCACGCGGCCAGCGUGGGCGGGAACGUCUACGACGGGUGCGGCGAGUUCAUGCCCGGAGGCGAGGAAGGGUCCCUGGAAGCCUUGAAAUGCGCCGCCUGCGAGUGCCACCGCAACUUCCACCGCAAGGAGAUCGACGGCGAGACCGCCAGCCCCACCGUGUUCGGCUCUCGCCGCCGCGGAGGCGGCGGUGGGCAUUUGGUCCACGCGCUCCAGCUGCCUCCACCGGCGGCGGCAGCAUUGCCUUCUCCUGUGAUGCACCACCACCACCACAAUCCGCACAACAAUAGCCCUCACCACUUCCCCGGCGGCUCGCACCAUUUCUACCUCCAGUCGGCCAGCCCUCCAGCCGCCGUCCAGCCAAUCAACGUGGCGUUCGACGGCGGCUGGGGGAGCGGCGGAGGAGGAGGAGGCAGUGCCGCCACUGGCGCCACCGAAUCCUCCAGCGAGGAUCUGAAUGCCUUCCCCUCUGAAGCAGCGGGGAUGGUGGGCGCCACCACCACACCUCAGCCGCCCUACGGGCAUUCUUCUUCGAAGAAGAGGUUCAGGACCAAGUUCACUCAGGAUCAGAAGGAGAGGAUGAUGGAGUUCGCGGAGAAAGUCGGGUGGAGGAUCAACAAGCAGGACGUGGAGGCAGUGGAGAGGUUCUGCUCCGAAGUUGGGGUGAGGAGGCAGGUGUUCAAAGUUUGGAUGCACAACAACAAGACCGUGAGGAAGCAGCAGCAGCAGCAGCAACAGCCCUCGCCGACGACAACGACGACGAAUCACAUGAUGAACUUGAACAUGCAUCACCUUCAUCAUCAUCAUCCGGGGCAGCACGACGAGGAACAGGUCCAGCAGCAGCAUCAGGAGGGAAUGCUGUGA